CACAAUUUUGUUAAAAUUUUCGUCGUGAUUACUUCUGAAGUUGUUUCCAGUCUUCUACAUUCGUGAGUGGAUUGAUUGAUGUUGAAGACAGCAGAUGGGUCGUAUACGCCGGGGAAGCUAUUGCUGAGAAUGAAAUGCAUACGGAGAUAAUUGUUAGCUGCGGUCCGACACGCCUGAGAGAAAGAGUGUAAACGACUGAGGCUCGCAUACGUCACCGUUACUAGAACUGAGGCAGAAUGAGUGACAAGCGAUUUCAGUGGUAAUUGGUAAUGAGUAGAUAAGAGGAUGUGGGUAGAGUAUCGUGAGGUGCUGCCAUGGUCACUUUGCAUUCUGCAAGAGUCAUUCUAGCAAGUGGCGAUUGUGUUGCAAGAUGUCAAGAGGAGGCCUUUAUCUGGAGGCGCAGGUCGUCAUUGAUGUGUGAGAUUGUGCUGUGGGUAUGCUUGUGAUGUGUUGGCUUUUCUGUUUGUUUUCCAUUUCAGCUCUGUCCGUGUGACCCAGGUUCUCGCAAUGGCAUCCAAGUCAACGUGUAUUGGUCGUGAUGGAAAAAAGGGUUGGAUCCCUUUUUUGCCGGGGAGUGUCAAUGGAGUUGAAGAUUGAACGAUCAAUUCAUGGUUGUUUGCUCAAAACCAACUUCCCCAAUUUUCGCGGAGGCAUCAAUACGACAGUCAUCGUCUCAUCGGUCGCUGUUCAGAAAGAAGAGUAAAACACCGUCAGAAACCUUAGUGGAAAUAUUUUUUAUAUGUUGGUGUAACAAUAAAGAAUCCUCAAGUCAACCAUUGGCGUUUUGGUUUUUUCGUCCGUUAUUUCUAAGCGUUUCUGAGAAACUUCAAGGAACAGCGUGAGCCCGAGCGUAGCAAGAGCUGGGCAUUAACGGUUUACGAGACGUGACUGACAACAUGAUAAUUUAGGUUAUCACGGAGAUUGUGCUAGGAUUUACAGUUAUUCUCACGAAAAUAGGCUUCAUUGAUAUCCUGAGACGUGAAGUCUUCAUUGAAUGAUGCUAUGCCAAAAAAUUCAGGUUUUUAAUAAACGAUAUUUUCAUACAGUCCGCCUGAAGCAUUAAUUGUUGAAACUAAUAAGCUAUGAGUGCGUCGCAGUCAGAUCACAGACGCGGACACCAACAUAACUAGCCGAGAAGUGAUAAUUCAUAUCAAUCCAGAUAACAAAUGACACAAUUUUAAUAAAACUUACUGAGAGAAAAUUUCCGGGCGUUACAUUCAAGGUAAAUAUCCUAGCGAAUAUUUGAAGCAUUUGCGUUACGAUGGGGAGUGAUUUAGAUUCUGAAGUAUCUGAAGAGUCUGGUGCCGAAGAUCAGCCAGAUGAGAGGGAUGAGUCAUCUGAUCUCAACUCGUCAAGCGACGAUGAAGAAACAAAGAGAAUUACAGAAAGAAAUGUUUUUGGCAGUGACACUGAUAGCGAAAAUGAAGUUCAAGCGAAGAAAAAAGUUUCCAGGCAGUUGCAGGAUAGUUCUGAAGAAUCAGAUCAUGGCGAUGCUGGUGCCGAGAAUAAUUCAGAACAGCCUGAAACAGAUAACAGUUCAGACGUCUCACCUGACCAAAAUUCUCGAUAUCGGAAGAAGCUCCAGAACAUUCGGUCUGUUUCCAACAGCCCUGAAACAGAUGGUUCUCAGCAAGGUGGUAGAAGCCAGUCAGGUGAUGAUGGGUCACAAAUAGAUGAAGUUGUUGAUGACAACGAUGGUGAUGAAGGUAAUAGAAAUGAUGAAGAAGUGGAAGAUGAAGAACCGGACGAAACGAGAAUCUCUGUCGACUUCCCACUGAUUCGCGCUGACUUAGGCAGAGAAGUACACUUGGUGAAAAUGCCCAAUUUUUUAUCUGUGGAAACUCGACCAUUUGAUCCUAACUAUUAUGAAGAUGAAUUGGAUGAAGACGAAAUUCUGGAUGAAGAAGGAAGAACACGCUUAAAACUAAAGGUGGAAAAUACCAUACGUUGGAGAAUCGGUAAAACACCUGACGGUGAAAUGGUACAUGAAUCGAAUGCUCGUAUUGUUCGUUGGUCUGAUGGUUCUCUGUCAUUACAUUUGGGCGAUGAAAUUUUUGAUAUACACAAAGUAGAUAUUCAAUCGGACUAUAAUUAUUUAUUCAUACGAGAGGGUAGUGGUCUACAAGGUCAAACAAGUUUGAAAACUAAGCUGACAUUCAGGCCACAUUCAACGGAUUCAUUUACACAUCGUAAAAUCACACUAUCAUUGGCAGACAAGACAAAUAAAUCACAAAAAGUUAAAAUUCUACCGAUUACCGGUGCAGAUCCUGAGUCAAAUCGUCAUGCACUUGUGAAAAAAGAAGAGGAGAAAUUACGUGCUACCCUAAGACGUGAAAGUCAACUACGACGUAUGCGUGAGAAACAAGCCAUGUCAAGAGGCAGUUUUGGAAGUGAUCGUAGACGAAGUUACGGGGAAGAUGAUGAUGAUGACGAUGGCAAUACAACAUCCUUGAAUGCAUUGAAACGUAACGCAAAGAGUAACUUAUUAUCUGGUCGUAAAGGUGACGUUUCUGCAAUGUAUUCAACUGAUUCGGAAUCUCUAAGCGAUAUAUCAGAACCUCGUCAACGUAAAAAGGUUCGAGCGAGAAUCAGUGAUGAAGAGGAAAGUGACUGAAUCGCUUGCUGCUUUAUUACUUCAAGUUGCGAUAUAUUUGUACAGUUAUUCACCUAAUAAAAUAUCAUUUUGUUUUA